AUGAUAAUAUUACUGAUAUGGGUGGCAGUAUUGAUUGCUGUGGUGGUGCUAUAUCUACGUCAGCUCUACUCCACAUUCAGCAGACAUGGCAUAAAGCACUUCAAGCCUGUCCCACUGCUGGGCAAUAUGAGCAAAGUUCUGUUCCGAAGACAACACUUGGCGAAUAAUAUUGUUGAAUUAUACAAUGCCUUCCCUGAAGAGAAAUUUGAAUUCCUGAACGAGGCCGUGCUGCUCAGAGACUUGGAGCUGGUAAAAAAAGUUUGUGUUAAAGACUUCGAGUACUUCGUCGAUCAUCGCAGCUUUGGAAUCGAUUCGUUUUUUGCAAGAACUUUGUUUUUAUUGAGAGGCCAAGAAUGGAAAGACAUGCGCUCUACGUUGAGUCCAGCUUUCACGAGCUCCAAGAUACGGCUGAUGGUGCCUUUCAUGGUGGAGGUCGGAGACCAAAUGAUCGAUUCACUCAAAAAGAGGAUUGAGGAUUCAAAAGGUGGCUACAUAGAUAUUGACUGCAAGGACCUCACGACCCGGUACGCUAACGAUGUAAUAGCCUCGUGUGCUUUUGGCCUGAAAGUGGACUCACAGACUGAACAGAACAAUCAGUUUUACGAGAUGGGCAAGACAGUAACAAAUUUCAAUUCGUUUCAAUUGAUAAAGUUCUUCUUGAUGAUGAAUAUUCCGAAAAUUGCUAAGAUAUUUAAAUGGGAUAUAGUCUCAGAUUCAGUCAAAAACUUUUUCAAAAAUUUAGUGUUGGACACUAUGAAGGAACGAGAAAUGAACAACAUUGUAAGACCUGAUAUGAUUCAUUUGCUUAAAGAAGCUAAAAAAGUAAGUACUACUUAUUUAUACUUUGCAGAGUGGAGCGACAACGACCUUGUUGCUCAAGCAUUCCUGUUCUUUGUGGCUGGUUUUGAGACCAUUUCGUCAAGUGUGUGUUUCUUAUUACACGAAUUGGCUGUAAACCCUGACGUACAGGAGCGCUUAGCACAAGAGAUUAGGGAAUAUGAUGCUAAGAACGGUGGCAAGUUUGAUUUUAACUCUAUACAGAGCAUGAAGUAUAUGGAUAACGUUGUCUCUGAAUUAUUGCGACGAUGGCCUGUAGCUGCAGUUACUGACAGAAUUUGUGAAAAGGAUUACAAUAUGGGUAAACCAAACGCCACUGCUGAGAAGGAUUUCAUUGUGCGUAAAGGUGCAGGGAUAAUGGUUUCAGCCUUUACUUUUCACCACGACCCUCAGUACUUCCCGGAGCCAGAAAAGUUCGACCCUGACCGUUUCGCUGAAGAAAAUAAACACAAGAUCAAUCCGAAUGCAUACAUGCCUUUUGGUGUUGGUCCUAGGAAUUGUAUAGGGUCAAGAUUUGCUCUCUGUGAGAUAAAAGUGAUCACCUACCAGAUUCUGAGGCACAUGGAGCUGUCACCAUGUGAGAAGACCUGCAUUCCUGCGAAGCUUGCCACUGACAAUAUGAAUUUACGGUUACAUGGAGGACACUGGCUCAGAUUUCGACUGAGGAAAUAA